AUGGUCCGGUACUCUGAUACUUCCUUUGUUGGUUCGUUAGAGUUAGAGCCGCAUGUUGAGUUUCUCAGUCCUAGCGGUUACAGAGCCAAUGAAACAGAGUUCACUAGAGUAUGGAAUGGAUUAACUCAACGUAUGAUACAAGAAGCGUCCUCUAGCACAGAUGCAACAUGGUCUAGUGCCAAGUACUAUGCAGCUGAUGCAGCCGCCUUGCCUGAUUCACAGGCUCUCUAUGCAGGGAUGCAAUGCACUCCUGAUUUGUCUCCGUCUCAGUGUAAUCUCUGUUUAACCAAAUGUCUUGGUAACUAUCAGAGAUGUUGCCUUAGCCGGCAAGGAGGCUCUGUCGUUAGGCUAAGUUGCGCUUUUCGAGCAGAGUUAUAUCCAUUUUCUGGACUUUUUACUGUUAUGACAGCAAGACCUCUAUCCCAAUCUCAACCGCCGUUAACCAUGACAGAAAGCAAAAAGAAAUCUACGGGAACUAUUGUAGCAAUUGUUGUUCCCAUUGUAGUGGUCAUCACCUUCUUGGUACUGCUUGCUCGCCGAUUUUCUUGGAGGAGAAAACCAUAUCAAGAAACUUGUCUUGAUCAAUCUGGUAUUACGACUGUGCACUCCCUACAGUUUGAUUUUAGGACAAUUGAAGCUGCAACUGACAGAUUUUCACAGACUAACAAGAUAGGUCAAGGUGGAUUUGGUGAAGUUUACAAGGGAACGUUAGUUGGUGGAACAGAAGUUGCAGUGAAGAGGCUGUCAAAAACAUCAGAACAAGGCACACAAGAGUUCAAAAACGAGGUUGUUCUAGUGGCGAAACUUCAGCAUAGGAGCCUUGUCAAGCUUCUUGUCUGGAAAGAGACGAAAAGAUCCUUGUUUAUGAAUUUGUCCCCAACAAAAGCCUAG